UAAACUGCUGUGCCGUGGGGGGGGGGAGAUUGCCAGCAGGGCGUUGAGGUGCGGAGCCGGCGAGGCUUGCCGCCGCGAUGGGCAACACCGUCGCCAGGGAGGAUUUCGAGUGGGUCUACACAGACCAGCCUCAUGCUGACCGCCGCAAGGAGAUCCUGGCUAAACAUCCAGAGAUAAAAGCAUUGAUGAAACCAGACUACAACUUGAUCUGGGUGGUUGUGCUGAUGGUUCUUGCGCAGUUGACUGCAUUUUAUCUAGUUAAAGACUUGGACUGGAAAUGGGUAAUCUUCUGGGCAUAUGUUUUUGGAAGCUGUAUUAGCCACUCCAUGACUCUGGCUAUUCAUGAGAUCUCUCACAAUAGUGCCUUUGGCAACAGCAAAGCAAUGUGGAAUCGAUGGUUUGGAAUAUUUGCCAACCUCCCUCUUGGUCUCCCGUACUCCAUAUCCUUCAAGAGAUACCACAUGGAUCAUCAUCGUUACUUAGGAGGCGAUGGAAUUGAUGUGGACAUUCCAACCAACUUUGAAGGCUGGUUUUUCUGCACCCGUUUUAGAAAGUUCAUAUGGAUUGUUCUUCAGCCUUUUUUCUAUGCAAUUAGACCUCUCUGCAUCAAUCCCAAACCCAUUACUCGACUUGAAAUAAUCAAUUUAUUGGCUCAGCUUUCCUUUGAUGUUGUGAUAUAUUAUUUAUGGGGAGUCAAAUCCACUUUUUACAUGCUUGCUGGCUCAGUACUUGGACUUGGGUUGCACCCAAUUUCGGGACACUUCAUAGCUGAACAUUACAUGUUUUUAAAAGGACAUGAGACUUACUCCUACUAUGGGCCACUUAAUCUGCUCACUUUUAAUGUUGGCUAUCACAAUGAACAUCAUGACUUCCCCAAUAUUCCUGGCAAGAGCCUUCCACUGGUGAAGAAAAUAGCAGCUGAAUACUAUGACAACCUGCCGCAAUAUAACUCUUGGAUAAAAGUACUGUAUGACUUCGUGAUGGAUGACACAAUCAGUCCAUAUUCACGCAUGAAAAGGCAAUUAAAGGGUGAAGUGAAGCAAGAUUAAACUUCUGGCAACCAAAAAACUUUGAAAUCUCUGCUUGCUCUAAAGUGGCUGGUAUAAGGUCUCUUGCUAAAGAUGUUCACCAGUGUCCUGAAUUAAGAUCUACAGCAACACAGCAAUGCAUCUUUAAGGAUUUUGUAGCAGACUCCUACCAGCUAUAUAUAACAUUCCUCGCAGUCCUCAGAUUCACUGGUUUAAUGUGUACAUGUUUGCCUAAAGAUCAGUGUUAUAUGCAUAAUGCUAAAUCACUUUGUUACAGAAUUUGCUUUCACAGGUGUUAAAUCUAUAUAAAAUAUCUGUCUGACUCUUAAAAGUUCUCAAUGUAGUACGCUGCCCACAACAUGUUAUUUGGAUGACUGUAGUGUUAAAAUGCUGUACUUGCCUGUUAAUUCUAAACUAACACGAUUUCUUAACUUCAACCUUCUGUUGAACCCGCUUCCUAACUUACAGUUGGAAGAACUAAAUUUGCACAGAAAUGUUAAGUCAGCUUUUGUUUAAAUAUGUGUCACUUGAAGCACUGCUUUAAAGUUCUCUUCUACUGGAAGUACCUUAAAGGAGCAAUUUAUCAGAAUGAAAUUGACAUGGAGGUGGCCUUUGUGUCUUCCUGCUCAAAAAGUGGGGAAUUGCCAACUUUAUGCAUCCCCACCUACUGCCAAAGCCGCAUGUGUUAGCGCAUAGCUUGAGCAGCUAGCAUUUAGAAUUGUAUUGUGUAAGCCACGAGUAACUUAAUGUAGUAACUGAUUAGUUUUUUCAUAUUUGAAAAAUCUUGCUACAGUUUGAGGUGUUUUUUUCUGAUCUGCAAAGAAAAACAGGCUUGUCCUGGUGGAUUCUGCUGUUCCCAUCGUUUUAAAUGCUAACUUUAAUAUUUACACCCAUUUGGAAAUUUGGCUUAUAUGGAAAACUGAAUGAAUUGCAGCAGAUACUGUUCUGGCAAACAAGGCUAGCUACAACCCCUGACAAAUCUACCUAUUAAGCAUAUUAGUAACUUGUGUACACAGAGGAGUAUUGCUAAAUUAUCUUGAUUCUGCCUACCCCCUCAAUCUACAGUACCCUACAUAGACACUUGUCUUUCGUAUUGAAAUGGUAUGAGAGCACAGGUGAUGAUACCAAACUUCCUGCUUAAGUUUUAAAAUUGGCAACAGAAUGGAUAGACUUGUUGAACCUUGAAGGACAAAUCUCUACAUACCUCAGUACAGCAUAUUUGCCUUCUGUCAUCUAAUGCAUUUGAUGAUGGCUUUAAGCUGUCACAGAUGGCUACACAUCACUCUUAAAUGGUGAUCCUACAGCAUGUUCUUCACUUAUCUGAAAGAUGGAGUCUGAAGUUGGAAGUCCCAGCUACUGUCCACACUGGUCUGCUGUAAGUAACUUUGUUUUUACAUGCCUCCAGCUCCUGCAUUUUGUGGGCUUUGGGUUUUCUUUGUAAUUGGAACAAGCUGAGCGUCUAAGAAUGUAUUGGUACAUCUUAACCCUCACCUGACUGCAGUCCUGUUUCUAAUAUGUGUUUUGUUUUUUAAGCGUGGGCCUUUAUUUGUGGUUAAGUAAUAGAAAUGGUAUGAAAGCAUCCCAACCACUUCCAAAGUGACUUUCUUAUGAUGCCAAUAACACACUAGCUAGCCAGCAUAUUGCUCAGGGUGUCGUUUAAUGUCAGAAUAUACUUUAUCUGGUAUUUUUACAUGUAAUUAAAAGGUAAAGAUUAAAGUAA